CUGCUGGGUAGUGGUUCACGCCUCACCAAACACUGGUCCUUAUGUGUACAACAGUCAUCAGGUGCCGCGAGAUGUCUUUCUGGAUGUGCUACAGGGCGUCCGCUGCUUCUCACAGAUGUAUUGAUUUCAUAAUGGAAUGUCCUGGUUCUCGAGAUAGCGGUGUAGUGUGAGCAAACAGUUGAGUAAAAGUGUUAAGGCAGGAUGAAGGAACGCGGUCGUCUGUCGUGGGUGAUGGUGUUGGUGGCGUGUGUCCCAGUGAUGACAGAGGUGAUCACGGAGAACACGUCUGACCCCUUACCUAGCUUGUUCAUCAGGCAGGAGGCCACCCUCAGGAAACUAGACGUGCUUAUCGUCAAGGUCAGCAAAGUGGACGAGCUUGAGUUGAAGCUCGACCUACUGACGAACCUCCUCAAAGGCCAGGAGGAAAAGAACUCACAGCUGGAGGCCAAACUGAGGUCGAUAGAAACCAAACAGGAGGCACUGCUAGAGGCCACGGAAGACAUGCUUGGUGGAGUGUAUGAUAUAGUGGAUCUGAAGGGACGUGAAAUAAAGGCAAAGAUUGAUAACAGGAUAAAAGAAGUGGAGCAUAGCUUGGAAGUGAAGCUGGGAGCCGCGAACACCUCCAUACAGUCGGUGUCAGAGAACAUCAAGUCCCUGAACCUGAGUGUACACAUGAUCGGGGCGAGUGUGGAGGAGCGUUUAGAUGAUGUCUCCAGUGACCGUCCGGGUGACUGUGGGACUCUGACGACCAACACAACCGAGGCGACGAAGCAGAUGAUGCACGACUACGCCCUCAACCUCACCCUCGUUACUGAAGUCGUCCUUAACGACAUGAAAAGCUAUUUUGAGAGCGUCGUGGAGGAGGUGGUGGCCAAUAGUAGCCAGCCUGAGUGCGACUCUCAAGUGGUUCUCGACUGCCAGAGGUCGCUCUCACGCCUGGAGGAGCUGGUGGCCCCCAGCACUAAUGCCACCAAGCACCUCAUCGCCGCCGUCUUUAACCGCAUCCGAGUGUCUAACUUGGCUAUGGACAAGCGCCUGGGGGCUCUUCUGCACACCUCCUCCAUACGUCAGCGCGUCCUACAAGACAGACUCCUGGCAGCCAUCACCUCCGUCGACACCUUGGUCAGGACGCAGACACAAGACGUCUACAGGAAAGUAGAAUCUCGCCUCGGGGGUCUAGAAGACUCCUUGGCUGCCUCUGCCAAGCGCCAUGCCAAGGAACUAGCCAUGCUGGUCCUCGAGGCAGCUAACUACACCUUGAAUGACAUGUCGUCCUCCACCGCCGCCCAGAUCGACCUGCUCCUCCACGCCCAGGCCAACAACACCGCCGUCCUCAACAAUGGCCUCGACCACCUACAGGAGCUUCACAACCUCACCCAGACGAGACUGUCCGCCGCAGACCUCUGUGUUGUGUCGGCUCACAAGGCUACCCAGAACGGCACCACCAUCCUGUACACUGAUCCAUCCUUCACUCUCCUCAACGAAACGAUAGCCACCAUGGCAGACCAAGUGAUUGACCACAUGACACACAUCUCAGAUCAGGUGGCAGGCCUCAGGAUUUACUACUCUACCAGCCUCCACAUGCACACCCAGCAGAUAUCGUCAGAGGUUGAAGCAGUACAGUCUGGGGUGCGGCGGGCGGUACAGGACACGUUGAACAAGUCGACCCGCACCCUGGAGAAACUAAGACGUUCAUCCCUUGGUUACCUGGACGCAGCAGUCACCAGUGUGUCCUCUGCCGCUGUCGCUUCCGCCCAGUCCACCGCCGACCAGCUCACUGAGGCGCUCCAGGAUGUAACAGACCAACUCCAGCAACGACUGUCCAAGCUGGAGGGAGCCGUGAAGCUGGUGGGGUCUGGCUGUCCUGCCCGGUACACACUGCUGGGUGGCACCUGCCUCCUCCCCCUGCACGACGUCUCUGCCUCCUGGGAAGAGUCACGAGACCUGUGUAGGGACGCUGGCGGUCACCUCGCUACCAUACCUAAUAACAAGAUCCUCAGCCACCUCCAGGCCCAGAGCGCCGCACCCCUGCCCUCAUACUGGCUGGGCGGACGGAAGGUGGCUGGCGCGUGGGAGUGGAUUACUGGAACCCCGGUGGAGGUGCAGUUGAGCGAGUAUAAUCGUGUAGAAGUUGAGGACGAGGAAAGUGACUUGACAUCUCCACAGUGUUUGAUGUCACAGGGCGCCGGGUUGGCGAUGGUGGCAGCGCCCUGCGACACUCCCCUACAUGCCCUCUGUGAAUAUCGUCACGCCCUCUAUCACUCUUACGUGUCUAACGACUCUAAAGGCACUUUACUGGAUCUUGACAUUCAUCCUCUAAGCAUAAACGAGGAGCAACCAUAUGAGGAGUACCGGUAAAUUCACAUGAAUAAAUGAGCCUAGUUACCCAUCCAGUACAGUACAUUCAACUCCACAACACUAGUUUCCGUGAAGAGGUGAGGUCAUUAGUCACUGUUAGAGCCAAAUACAUCAAGCAUUAGCUUAAAUUCACCAAAAGAAAAGACGAUAACACCGUGUAAAUCUCUGCAAUAUGAACGGUUCAAAUUGAAAGACACAAACAAGACACCACGGCUCUCUUUACCUGCCCUGCCCCCCCCCACACACACACUGCCCCGACCUCCCUCACCAUGACAUAUCCUGAAACAUUCCCCCCCCCCUUCCUUCACCCGUCUCCAGCAGCCACCAUCACAUAGCCGUCCCUCCAUCACCAAUACAGUAUUUCCCUCCUCCCACAGACAAACCCGACACUACAUAGUUAGGAACCUACCACACUUUCUGCAGCUGUACACUUAUGCUUGUAGUUUACUAACACAAUCAAUGGCCCCCUUAGGCAUAACUCAAUAAGCUUCCCCAAUGGUCGCUGUAAUACUUUAGUGCUUCACAAAGCACAGAAUACAAGAGGAUACCCAAUAAACUAGCCCCAGCCCCAUGCCUGUCUGUAAGGAGGAAAAUCUGACCCAAAAAUUCAUAAGAACAUGAGGAGUCUGCAAUAGGCCGGUUGGCCUGUGCAUGGCAGCUCCUGUCGAGAGUUAUUACCACUCUCUAUCAUCUAUGAAUCUAUCCAGCCUCCUUUUGAAA